GCCUCCCAAUUAAUGCAAUUAAUGGUAAAAAUUACAACAAUUAAUGAAAUAGCCCCAUUGCAACAAGCCGUUGCUACACAAAUUGUUACUACGGGAGUUAAUCUUCCUGAUAUUCAUCACAUCAUUAGUGAUGGUGACAAUAUUACAAAUAUUAGAG